UGAGAUUUGGAAAUUCGGUUAGCUAUCGCCUAAUGUGUAACAGGAUCCUAUUCAUAUAUAUUGAACCUUAUAUAAAAACGGUGACUACAUCAACGUUGUUCGUGCAGUUUAAUAUACACGCCUUUAAAUGGCAGAGAAAAGGGAACCCCACAUCGAGUCCUCUUUCGUAAACAAUCCAUCGACUGAAUCUGACGAAAUUUUGUGCAAGAUACAUCAGAAAGAAAUCGUCUUCUUUUGCAGAUGUCAUGAUAAAUUACUGUGCGUGGUGUGUAAUCGUUUGGAUCAUUCAAAAUGCAAGGACCAAAUCUUUGAAAUUGAAAUUGCAGCACAAAAAGUAAAAACAUCAACAGCAAUGGCCAAACUUGAACUAGACAUAUUAGAUGUUUUGCAAAACGUAAAAGAGGGCAUACAAAUCCAGAAACAUAAUUUAUCAAGCUUACAAGAAGUUGAAAAAACAAUCCGAAAGGAGGUUCAAAAGAUUAUAGAACAAAUUCAUCAAGAACAAGAAAGUCUUUUGUGUGAAUUGGAAUCCCGAAAUGAAAAAGUAAAACAGGCAGAACAAGAUUUAUUACAACAGGAGUCGAGAAUUUGUAAAUUACAGAAACGACUAUCAACCAUUAAGCAAUCUGGUACAGAUAAACAUGUUUUUAUUGAAAUGAAAAUGGCUGAAGAAAAUGCAUUCAAAGAACGAAAUUCAUUUAUGGAAGAAAGUAAUAUGAAAUAUAAAAUCGGUUUUCAGAUUAAUCCCUUCUUUUCCUCAGCGGAAAAUAUAUUGGGAGAGAUCAAAUUUAUAUCAAAAUUUAGAUCAUAUUCUACUUCUUCAUCACAUGAAGCACAGAUAGAGCUGCCAAUGGCUCCAGAUAUUAACAAAAAUGUCUUGAAAUGUGAACACGAUUUUAAUAUACACUCAUCAAAACACCUGAUGGAAUUAUACGGAUGCGUUUUACUACCUAAUAAACUUGCAGUAUUUAUUGACAGUAGUAAUAAGCGACUGGUCAUACAUCAUGAGAAUGGAGCAUAUUUUAAGGAUUUACCGCUAACUGAAAAGCCGUUUUAUAUAACUGCUGUUGGUAUGGAUGAGGUUGCUGUAUCUUAUUCGUCAAAACUGAUCAGUAUAGUAAAUAUAAAAACUUCAAAAGAGUUAAGACUUACAAGGUAUAUUGAACACUAUAGUCGUGGUAUCUGCUAUGCUGAUGGAAAGCUCUAUUUUGUAGAUUAUGGCGUUGGAAUAAAGGAAGUAAGUAUUGAUAAAGAGGUUGCACGAAAAAUACACGUCGAUAUAGCCGGAAUCGGGAAUAUUGCUGUAUAUAAAAAGAGGAUAUACUACACAGCUGAUCACAACAAUAAAGUGUACUGUUGUGAUACAUCAGGAAAACAAAUAUGGACGAUAAGUGACGACCGACUCAAAGCAAAAAAGAAUUCAGCUCCAUUAGCCGUAGAUAAUGAUGGAAAUAUUUUUGUAGCAGGACCCGAUUCCGGGGUCGUCAUAAUGAUUUCACAUGAUAGUAAAAAAACGGAGGUACUUAUUAACGAGAUUAAUGCGAUACAACAUCCCCGUGGACUUUUCUAUGACAAGCAUCACAAGAAACUACUAUUAUGUUAUAAGAAAAAUGGAAUGGCGCACCUUUUUCGUCUUCAAUAAAUGACACGAGCUUGAAGAACAAAGACAUGAAGAAAGCUUUAAACCAAAUGUGCUAUUCUUUUUACUCUCAGUAUAGUUUACAAAGAGUUACAUUAUGCGAAUUUUAUUGUUACAAAAACUUUUUAAACCAGAUGCUCCGCAGGGCGCAGCUUUAUACGACCGCAGAGGUCGAACCCUGAACGGUUGGGGCUAGGGUGGACAGAACGUUCAAACUGGAUACAGCUCUGCAUUUGGAUUGUGAUUAAAUAGUUGACACAGCAUAGGUUUCUGACACAGAAUGAAUGUGUUCUAAUGAACUUAAAAUGAUUUUUUUUGCUUUUUGAGCAAUUCAGUAUGCUGUUGAAUAUUAUUCCUUUGAUAUUUGAAGAAAUUUUCUUUUUCAUUAUGAAAUCUGAAAUAAGAAAAAUUU